AUUCAUAGUGCAAUUAAGUUGCAUGUGUACAUGGGUUUCUUCAUUUGAUUUGACAAUCCUUCACACCAAUGAUAUCCACACUCGCUUUGAGGAGACUAGUGAGAACUUUGGUGGUGUGUGUACGGCAGAGCUUGCUGAGCAAGGGGUCUGUUAUGGUGGGGAGGCUCGGCGAGCAACAGUAGUUAAAGAGAUUCGUCAGUCUGUGCCUAAUACUCUACUCCUUGAUGCAGGGGAUCAUUUUCAGGGUACUGUCUGGUUUUAUGCCUUUAGGGGAGAGGCUUCGGCUUGUUUUAUGAACCUUCUGGGGUAUGACGCCAUGGCACUUGGAAACCAUGAGUUUGACAUCGGUAUCUCCGGCCUGUUGCCCUUUCUAAACAAUGUGUCUUUCCCAGUCCUUAGCUGUAACAUUGACAGUACAUCGGAGCCAUCUAUGAGUGGUCUGUAUGCCUGUUACACUGUGGUCAACAUGGAAGGUGCAGAAAGGGUCGGCAUUGUGGGCUACACAUCGGUAGACACACCUUUAUUCUCUAAAUCAGGUAAUCUUGUCUUCAAUCCUGAAGUUGAAUCUUUACAACCAGCAGUCGACAAGCUGAUUGCUAGUGGAGUCAAUAAGAUCAUAGCAUUGGGCCAUUCUGGUAUCGAUACUGAUAUGGACAUCGCACAGCAUGUACAAGGAAUCGAUAUCGUGGUUGGUGGGCACACAAAUACUUUUAUGUACACAGGUAGUCCGCCCUCCAGUGAAGUUCCGUAUAGUGAUUAUCCAUUGGUAGUGAGGCCCAGCCAUGACCCAUCGUCCACUGUAUUAAUCAUCUCAGCCUAUGCAUAUGGUAAAUACCUCGGACGACUUGAUGUUACGUUUGACGAGGAGGGAGCUGUAAGGUCUUUUGAUGGGAACCCAAUUCUGCUUGAUAGCAAUGUGCAACAAGAUGCUGACACACUCAAUGAUAUGUUGCUAUGGAAACAGCAAGUGGAUCUUGUUGCUAAUGAGGUUGUGGGUACCUCACUGGUUCCCUUACAGGGCAAUGAAUUCUGCUACUUCAUUGAGUGCAACAUGGGCAAUAUACUGGCAGACGCCAUGUUAGAAUCAUUCAUCAAUCAAACAGACGGGUCAUGGAGUGAUGUAGCUGUUGCCAUGACAACAACGGGUAGUGUAUCUGCAAAUGAAGUAACUGCAGGUGACAUUACAAUAAAUGACCUGCUAUUGAACAUGCCCUAUGGUAAUACCAUCGAUGUUCUAGAACUGAAAGGUAAACACAUCCUGGACAUGUUGGAGCAUUCAGUCAAGCGAUAUGAAGAUAGUGGAAACGCUGGUGAAUUUAUACAAUUGUCAGGGCUACAAGUCAUUUACGAUGUCACUCUUCCCAUUGGUCAAAGGGUUGUAGAUGUGCGCGUACGUUGUGCUGAUUGCACUGUACCUUCAUAUAGCAGCCUUAACAUGGAGAAAGUUUACCGAGUUGCAAUGAACAGUUACAUGGCAGGAGGCGGAUAUGGAUUCAGUGCAAAUCAAAACAAACUCAGCCUUAUAAAAGGUGAACUGGAUGUUGAAGUGACGUCUCGCUAUUUUCAAACUUAUUCACCAAUCACAACGGGACUUGAAAGGCGUGUUACUGUAUACAACGGCAACUCACCAUGUUACCGAGAUCCUAGUGCUGGUAAAGCAAACCAAUUGAUGGAUGUCAAUCAUUUGACAUUUGUUGUCGUUUUGUCUUUACUUUCUGUGGUCCUGAAUGCAAAAAUGAAUUAAAAUCAUAAUCUAAUCAUACACCUUUAUCAUGGUACAACCAUCUUGGACAUAUUCAUUUUAUUCUUUAGGAAACUCUUGACUCUGAGGCUGCAAAUGGAGCCAUGGUUUAAGCAUGCUAGACAGGGUCCAGGUUCUGUGUGGCUCCUUUU